AUGGCGAUGAAGAACGCGUUUUUAGUUGGUGUUUCACUUCUAGCGCUCCUUGUUGAAGUUUACUGUCAGUCACAGGUAAAAAUAAAUUCGUGGAUGGGAGAAAAGUGGGCGGCUCUUGGCUUCAUUACAAAACUUAGGGCGUGGGUAACAUUACUUUUCGUUACUACACGGAAUAAAACUUUGGAAAUAAAAUAAAUAGUCUGGGUAAAAGCAACGCUUUUCACCCUACCCUUGUAACUUUAUGGUAAGCACCUCUUGAAGGACAAAAAGCUCUAAUGUCCAGUUUUACUCUGUAAAAUCGAAGAAUUUCUCAGUCUUCUAAAGCCAUCUUCUAUUUCAUUUUAGUUUCUUCGAUGGUGCGUGGCAGAGAACGGUAUCUGCCAUCGCGACAGGGAAUGCUGCGACAAAAUGACCUGCAGCGACCAUUUUGGGGUCGGUAAGUGUAUACCGCUAACAUCAUCAGUCCCAGUUCCUUCGACAUGGCCUCAGACAGGUUCUCAGACUUGGCCUCAGACAUGGCCCUGCACGCAAACCUGGCCGCCCCUGUACCCUCCUUGGUGUGUACCUCUUCAGAAGAAGAAGAAGAAAAAGAAGAAGAAGAAAACCAAGAUUCUCAUCAGAGUUUGUGGAGAUCUAAUGGGAAUGAAUGUUAAGGCCAAGAAAAAGGACAGCUUAUUUAAACGAUUAACGUGCAAACAGAUGAGAGAAUUGUAUGGAAAUAAGGAGAAAACGAAGCAAAAGUAA